CGAGUUAGAUGGAACAGAUCACUCCAGGAGAAUCCAGUUCAGGGUAGCUUCAUCCUCUCUGCCAUUCCUUCUUCAGCUCGACUCUAAAGCCGUCCAUCAGUAAUCAUGAGUUCAUACCAGCGUACUGUCUAUUCCAGCGGCCCUGUAGGCUUCACCGGAAGUUCUAUGGUCUCCCAGCGCCGCAUGGGCAUGCUCUCCUCAGCACCUAAAUCCUUUAGUGUCCACGGAGGUAGCGGUGGUAGUACACGGAUCUCCUCAGCAAUCUCAAGGAAUGUGUCUUCUGGUUAUGGUGGAGGCCUGGGGUUCUCUGGAGAUGGUGGCUUCAACCUGGCUUCUGCUCUGGACAUUGACACCAACGUUCAAAUGAAUGAGAAGGCCACAAUGCAGAACCUGAAUGAUCGUCUGGCCUCCUACCUGGACAAGGUCCGCUCCCUGGAAGCCGCCAAUGCUAAGCUGGAGCAUAAAAUCCGUGAGUACUAUGAGCAGAAAGGACCAGUUGCUGGAAAAGAUUAUAGCGCCUACUGGGCCACCAUCAAUGACUUGAAGGAUAAGAUCAAGAAUGCCACCAUCAACAAUGCUAACAUCCUACUGCAAAUUGACAAUUCCAAACUGGCUGCAGAUGACUUCAAAACAAAAUUCGAGCACGAGAUGAUCAUGCGGCAGUCCGUGGAAGCUGACAUUGCUAACUUGCGCCGUCUGCUUGACCAGACCACCCUGACCAAGGCUGACCUGGAGAUGCAGAUCGAAGGUCUGCAGGAUGAGUUGGCCUACCUGAAGAAGAACCAUCAGGAGGAACUGGAAGCUAUGAGAUCUCAGCUCUCUGGAAACGUGAACGUGGAGGUCGACGCUGCGCCUCAGCAGGAUCUGAACAAGGUCUUGGAUGAGAUCCGUUCUCAAUACGAAUCUAUCACAGAUAAGCACCGCAGAGAACAAGAGACUUGGUUCAAUGACAAGUCGGCAGCGAUAAACAAGGAGGUUGCCAUCAACACUGAGACCAUUCAAACCUCCAAGACAGAGCUCACAGACUUGAGAAGAACCCUGCAAGGAUUGGAAAUUGAACUACAGUCGCAACUAAGCAUGAAAGGAGCCCUGGAGAACACUGUAGCCGAGACAGAAGCUCGCUACAGCGCUAUGCUAGCAGGCUUCCAGAACCAGAUUAACAUGCUAGAGGGAGAGUUGGCACAGGUGCGUGGUAGCAUCGAGCAGCAGGGCCAGGAAUACAGAAUGUUGCUGGACAUCAAGAGUCGUUUAGAGCAGGAGAUCGCCGUCUACAGAAGCCUCCUGGAGAAGGAAGAGUCCAGGACUCCUGGCACAGGUGGGUCCAGCACGGUCACUACCACCACCACCGUGCGCUCAGUCAGCUAAGCAAAGCACUGCAUUCUGGAGAAACACACACACACACACA